AUGUCAGCCACAACUCCUCUUCCAUCGCUGAAGGAUAUCACAUCCUUGCCGAAAGUCGAGCUGCAUGCUCAUCUGUUCGGCUCUAUUCGCGUUCCGGUCCUCGAGGAAAUACGCAAGAGGGCCGCGGAAGAAAAUGGCACAGGAGCGACCGCGGAAACAGCGUCCGCGAAUGCAGUGCGGCUUGAGGGAAACUGCAUUGGCAUGGGGGAUGCUUUCGCGUACUUCUCCGCUGUCUACCAAAUCGUUAAACGGAAAGCCGACAUCGGUUACGCCCUCCGGACGGUCCUUGCCGACUUUAAUCGCGACAACGUCGUGUAUCUCGAGUUGCGGACGACUCUGAAAACGAUUCCUGAAGAAGCCGUUGACCCAGCCAGCUACGUGGCGCUGCUGGUUGAAGAGCUCCAGUCUGCGCAGAAAAAGUACCCAAUGACUGUGCGCCUCGUCCUCUCGCUGAACCGCGCUGCUCUGACGUGCGCGGAGCGCGCGCGGGAGGAGGUUACCAAGAUCUUCGAGCUCGCGGAGCUUUAUCCGGAGUGGAUCGUUGGGAUCGAUAUUGCUGGCGACCCUCGAAAAGGCGACAUUCUGCCUGCGCUGGCUCUGCUCGACGAGGAGGUGAUGAAGCCCAGUGGGCGGAUGCACGGCAAGCUUAAGUUGACCAUUCACACGGCCGAGCUAGAAGGCUGUGAGGCCGAAACAGAAGCCACUCUGCAGCUGAAGCCCCAUCGGAUUGGCCACGGGUGUUAUCUGGCUGACAGCCAAAGAGAGUGGCUUGUCAAGGAAAAGAUUUGCGUCGAAGUGUGCCCUACGUCGAAUAUGUGUACCCUCAAGCUCCAAAAUUUAAAGGACCACCACUUCGCGUAUUAUUACAACAAGAAACUACACCGCAACGUUUGCGUCUGCACGGACGACGUUGGGCUAUUUGAUACUUCCCUCUCUCAGGAGCUUUACGCUAUGAGUCAGGCAUACAAUCUUUCGCUUCGCGACGUCUACGAACUCCAGCGGUCUGCGCUGGCGGCUGCUUUCUGCCGUGCCGAGGACAAAGCUUUGAUUGAGGAACGAUUCUUCCGGUCCGCUUCACUGCGAAAUAUGAACAAAGGAGACGUCUGUACACUCUGA